GAUACCGUUUACAGCUUUUCGUGGCAGAAGGUCCACGCCCAGCCUUGUUUCUCAGAAGACUUCAGCACUUUCUGGACUGCGCAGGCAACGACGGCCGAGGUGCUCGUCACAUUUGUUCCUUCCCGAGUGGUCUCCAAGCAGCUCCGGCGCGCAUCGUCGGAGAGAUGAACGGUGGGGACUUUUUCCGAGAUGUAGGUUUUCAGCCAGAGGGUGCGAUGCAUCUGCCCAGUUUACAAGUCGUUCGAUUGCCUUCCUGGGGAGGCAUGACACAUGCAACCUCUGCUGCCUCUGCGAUUCAAUCCUCACCGCCGGCGCCUCGGCAGGCGUCGUCAUCUGGCCGCACGACGCCCUUGGUGCAAGCACCGGUGGAAUCAGCCCCUGCACGGGGACAGUCCGACUUCAUGGACAUGGUUCGGGAGUUCAAUGAAGGUCAUGCAGUCCCGAAGACGCGCCCAGUGUCCGAAACGCCUGACCUUCUGCAACAGCACCUUCACAAGGAGCCUUUUCUCACACAGGAACCUGCCACGGAUCCGCGCAGCGAGCUGCUAGCAGCCAUAGCUUCCCGGCCCACAUUGCCAAGCCGAUCCCAGCCCAAGGCCGAGCAAUUGCGGACCAACAUCUUGGAAGACUUGUAA